UCCAAGAGCAUUACCAACAGCAACGGCAGCGGAAGCAACCACGUCGAUAACAACAGCACUAUCAGCAGCAAUACCACUUCAGCUGUCAAUAAUAAUAUUAUUAAUAAUAAUAAUAAUAAUAACAGUAACGCAAUUCAUCACCAACAGCAACAUCAUCAACAACAUUAGCAACUCCUCCGCCGCCACCACCUCCACUACACAACCAGCAGCCACCACACCGACGCCACAACAUUACUACCCACCAACAUCAACGCCACCUAACAACAGCAACAAACAAUUCUUUGGAUUAAUCUUGUGUACAAUAUCAGCUGUUAGGUGGAAUCAUUGAACCCUGUUGUCAGGGCAAGAAUGUAGACCCCCUACAAUAACAAGGAUCAGAGGAAAAAGACUUGUAAUCAAAAACCAAGAGCAAGAUAACAGCUAGGACCCCUGCUGAACCCUGAAGGUCUAGAUUUGAGAGGAGUUUCUAACAAUGUGCAAGGAUCAGUGUUAUAAAUAGCAGACAGGGCCUUGGUGGUGUGGAUUUACUGCCAGACAGGAUUUUGUGCCAAGACUCAGUUGAGGGGAUGUAGAUUACAACAACCUAAAGGAACCAAGAACUGAAGGAUCAAUAUUGAUACACCUAGACAAGACCCAGGAGGUGUGGAUUAUAGUACAAUAAGGGUUUGCAGCAAGAACCAAGGCUCAGUUAGUAGCCAAGACCCAGGAGAGCUGGAUUACAGCAAGACAGUUUGUUUUGGGACCCAGGAGGGCUGGAUUACAGUGAGACAGAAGUUUGCUUUGAGACUCAGGAGGGUUUGAAACUCAGGAGGGCUGGAUUACAACGAGACAGAAAUUUGCUUUGAGACCCAGGAGGGCUGGAUUACAGUGAGACAGAAGUUUGCUUUGAGACCCGACAAGGCUGGAUUACAAAGAGACAGAAGUUAGUUUUUUGAGACCCAUGAGGGCUGGAUUACAAAGAGACAGAAGUUUGCUUUGAGACCCACAAGGGUUGGAUUACGAGACAGAAGUUUGCUUUGAAACCCAGGAGGGCUGGAUUACAGCAAGACAAGUUUGUAAUUUGGCUCAGGAGAGCUGGGCUAUGGCAGAAUAAGAACCUACAGCAAGAAACUAAGGGUUAAAAUUAUUACAAGUAGCAAGGAUUGAUGUGUGAAUGAUAACAAGUGUCAGAAAUUGGAUCAAUAAUCAAAAACCAAUAUCAUAAUCAGAUCUCACUCAUCUCAUCCAGACAUCCAGGUCGAGUUUGGAUUACAGCAAGUGCAUUGGAUCCAGAUUUGGAUUGCAAAACGUGUUUUAGAGUCAAGAACCGAGAAAUUAGGGCAAAACUGGCAGAACUGGAAUCCGAACCCGUGAUUGAUGGAUCCUGAUAAAAGUGCAACAGACGAUGGUGGUGCUGGGGGUGGUGGAGCUACUGCUGCAAAAGUGGUGGCAACACCAGAGUACAGCCCCAUGGCAUUUGCAAACGUCUCCAGCAUAGAAGAAGGCCCCCAGUUGAUCUUCCGUAGGCCACCGACUGCUCUCCCUGCUUUAACUGCCACAUACCAGGGAAAGGGCGAAGGGGACAGCGGUGCGUCUUCUGUCACUUCGCAAGACAAGGAAGAGAAGACAGGCAGUGGGAGUAGCGACAGUGAGACAGAGAGAGGAAGGAGAGGAGAAGGAGGAGGAGAGGGAGAUGAAGGAGACCAACGAAAAGAUGAAGAGCAGGAGCAAUGGGAAGAGGAAGAAGAUGAUGAAGAUCAAGGAGAUGGUAAUCAUGUUCAUGAUGAUCAUAUUGUGAAUGUUGGUGACAACAACGGUGAUGGUGAUAAUGAUGACGACAACGAUGGUGAAGAUGAUGAUGAUGACAAUGGGGAUGAUGACAGCGAUGAUGAUGACAGCGAUGAUGAUGAUGAUGAUGAUGAUGAUGAUGAUGAUGACGAGAAUGAUGGUGAAAUAGAAGAAGCGGCUGAAGAAAGCAUAUCUGGAAGAAGCGAUGUCAACAUUGAAAGCGAGCCACAAGAGGGAGCAACUGGUACAGCCAUCAAACACUGGAAGAAGGAAGAGAAGGAGGAGGAGGAGAGGGAAGAAGAAGAAGAAGAGCAACAACAACAACAACAGCAGCAGCAGCAACUACAACAAGAUGAGGAAGAGAAAGCCAAAGACUGGGAAGAGGUGGAAGAAGAAGAAGAAGAAGUAGAAGAAGAAGAAGAGCAACAACAACAACAGCAGCAGCAGCAGCAACUACAACAAGAUGAGGAAGAGAAAACCAAAGACGGGGAAGAGGUGGAAGAAGAAGAAGAAGAAGAAGAAGAACAGCAACAACAACAACAAGAUGAGGAAGAAGUGGAAGCCAAAGAAGGGGAGAAGGUGAAGAAAGAAAAGGUCGAAGAAGAGGAAGAAGAAGAAGAUAAAGACGAAGAUGAACGUGUCUGUAGAGAAGUAGAAGAAGAAAUACUGAAGGCAGAUAGGAAAGUGAGAGACAGCAGUGAAGUGACGGCAGGGAAAGAGAUUGAAGAAAGAGAGGAGCAGAGAGAGAGGGAGAAAGUGAUAGGAGGAGAGAAAGGAGAAGAAGAGGAUGAGGACGAGAAAGAAACAGAAGGGGAGAAAGAGGAAGAGGUUGAAGAAGCAGAGGAAAGAGAAGCAAAGAGUGAGGAAAUGAUAAGAGGAGGAGAACGAUUAAGAGAAGAAGAAGAAGAAGAAGAGGAAGAAGAAGAAGAAGAGGAAGAAGAAGAAGGAGGAGGAGGAGGAAUAAGACAGCUACAACAUAAAGUAACAGAUAAAAGUGAUGAUGAAGAGGAGGAGGUGGAGGAGGAUAUUAAAGAAGAAGAAGAAGAAGAAGAAGAAGACGAGGAGUAUUUCAAUAUAGAUGCCUGGCAAUUAGGGAGCAAGCCAUACCCGAUCUCUGACCAAUGGAACCUGUCUGAUUCUUUGAGUACAUGCGACACGGCAGAACUUUUGAACACAGUGGCAGAUGAGUGCAAGUCAGGAAUUGUUGCCAGAGACAACGAGGAGGAGGAGGAGGAGGAGGAGGGGGAGGAGAAGGGACACAGCGAUUCUGAUUCUGAGAGUGACCUUGCAUCAUUAGUCUUUGUGCCACAGUCGACUAAAAUAACUGGUCUCCAUGACAACAGCGAUGUUUUAAGUUUAGAUAGCAGUUUGGUAUCACAAGAUUUGGCCCCACAAGCUGGCAGAAGCAACAGUUUGCGUAAAAACAGGUCUCCAUUAACCUUGGAUAGUGAUGAUUUGAUUUCCCCAGUUUUGAACCCACAAUCCAGCCGAAUCGGUGAUCUUCAUGAUGACAGCGACGCCUUCAGUUUUGAUAGUGACAUGACGUCAGCACUUUUGGCUUCGCAACCUGAUACAAGUGGCAGUCUCCAUGACAACAACAUCACAAGUCAAGAAAAGAAGCUGUUGUCAUCACUUUUGACCCCACAAACCAACAAAAUGACCAGUCUCCAUGACGAUGACAUCUCAAGCAUAAACAGUGAACUGACAUCAUCGCUUUUGGCUCCAGAACCCAACAGGGUUGACGAUGUUUGUGAUGAUGAUGAUGACCUGAGUUUAGACAGUGAGCUGACAUCAAACCUCGUGGCUCCAGAAUCCAAAAGAGUUGAUGAUCUCCCAGACGAUGAUGUCUUGAGUUUAGACAGUGAGCUGACAUCGGUCCUCUUGGCUCCACCAUCCCACAGAGUCGGAGAUCUCCAUGAUGAUGACGUUUCGAGUUUAGGCAGUAAACUGACAUCAGCUCGUUUGGCUCUGCGACCUAAUAGAAUCAACGAUCUUCCAGAUGAUGAUGAUGACUUGAGCUUAGACAGUCAGCUGACAUCGGUCCUUUUGGCUCCACAGUCCGACAAAGUGAAAAAUUUCCAUGCUGAUGAUGUCUCAAGUUUAGGCAAUAAACUGACAUCAACUCGUUUGGCUCCACGACCUAACAGGAUCGACGAUUUCCCAGAUGAUGAUGAUGAUGACUUGAGCUUAGACAGUGAGCUGACAUCGGUCCUUUUGGCUCCACAACAUCAUAGACUCAGUGAAUUACUUGACAGCAACAAUGAAGAUGAUGACUCAAGCAUAGAUAGUAACUUGCCGUUAUCUAAUCCGGCUUUGCAGUCUGGAAGAAUUAGCAGGCUCAGCAUUGUUGAUACAAUCAAUGAUAUCCGAAAGUCACCAGUUCCAACUCUGCAGCCCUCAAGGACCAGCAGGAUCCAAAGCAAACCAAUCACAACAAGAUCUUGGCCAACAGUGGCCAGUUCCAAAGCUGAACCUCAAGACUGGAACUUGAAUAUCGGUACCUGGGUACCCAAAUUGACUUCAACAAUGACCACUCCAAAGAAGAUCAGGUCUGCUAUAGGAAGUGAGAAAAGGGCUGAUCGCUUGCUUAAAACUCCACAUCGACACAAUCCAAUAUUUGAACAGCAAACUGAAUCUAGGUAUAAACCAAGAUCAAAGCAGAAACCUAUAGCCAGACCUAAUCCUAGAGACAAACAUGAAGUUGAGUCAUUACCAAGAGAGAAUGGUCCAUCUCCAAGAAAGCCAACCCAGUUUAGAAGUCAGCCAGAUCCAGUGCCUCUUUCCAUGUUUCUAACCCAGAUACAAAGUAAGCUACCCAUGGGGUACUAUUUAGAUGAUGUUGAAGAUGUCGGUGAGAAAAAGAAACUUGAAGAUUCAAUCUUAAAAGACAGCUGCAGUUUCCCGUCAAAGAUGGAUGAGUCAAAUUCUUUGACUAAGGCAAAAAUCCGUGAAAUUAUCACCAAAAAUCUCGGUGGUGAUAGUUCAAGCCAUACUUACAUGGCAGCAAAUUCUCAGACACCAUCACAUAAUUUGGAUGUGAUGCAAGAAGAGAACCGUCUCCUCGCCAUGGAGCUCAACCGAGUUGAAGACUUACUGUCUGCAAGUCGUGCUGAAAGAGAUGAGUUAGGAAUCAAAUAUAGUGCACUAAGUGACCGGCUGGAGCAAUUGAUGAAAGGAGAAGUAUCCGAGGCUGUCGAACCAGCCCGUCGACUCAUGCAGCAGAACAUAGAGAUGCGGCAGAAGCUGGAAGAUGAACACGCCAACUAUAAGCGCAAACUUCAAGCUUACCAGGAGGGCCAGCAAAGACAGGCACAACUUGUUCAGAAGUUACAGGCAAAGCUACUGCAGUACAAGAAGAAGUGUCAGGAUCUAGAAGACACACUCCGAGGCAGUGAAAUCAAAUCCAGUCCAUCGUUUAAGUUGUCUGACACCUACAUUAAACCACUGGAUACUGCAAACUUGACCCAAGUGGGAGAGCUGAAUCUGGCCAGUCUUGACCUUCAAACUGCCCUCAUUCGGCUUGAGGAAGAGCAACAAAGAAGUUCAGGUCUUGCCCACGUCAAUGCAAUGUUACGAGAACAAUUAGACCAGGCAACAUCUGCAAACCAAAGCCUCACCAGUGACAUUCAGAAGUUGACCACUGAUUGGCAAAUGGCUCGAGAAGAUCUCGAUCACAAAGAACAAGAGUGGAGAGAAGAAGAAAAGUCUUUCAACCAGUUCUACAAUGAAGAACACAACCGUUUGCACAAUCUGUGGAAGUCUGUGGUAACAUUUCGUCGUGAAUUCAAUGAUUUGAAAUCGGCCACUGAGAGAGACUUACACAACGUACGUUCAGAUAUCAACCGCACUGCUCGAGGAAUGUACUCUGCUGCUCUCAAUUACAGUUCAAAUGCAAGACAUGUCGACACACAAACGCUGGUUGCUUUAGACAAAGAAAAGACCGAAAGAACAACUCUUGAAAAUCAGUUAAAGGAGAAGAUCCGAGAUAAUGUCCAGUUACAGGCUCGUUACGAUACACUCACCACAGAAUUAAAUACAAAAAUCAAUGACCUUACUCUUCUGAAUGAUAAACUACAUCAGCAAGUGGAAGAGAAGGACCGACUCUUUAAGGUCACUCAGCUAAAACUGGAACAGCUGGAGCAACAGCAGAGCAAUCACGAGCAAGAAAUUGUCCAUCAGUCUCGAAUGGAAACCGAUGCACUCCACCUGGCCCUGAGGGAUAUUGCUCAGGCUGUUAUUAACGACGCCGACCUCUCUUGCACUGCAGACGCUACAUCGGUUGACCAAACCGACAAAAUUGAACCAGUGUUGACUUCAACCUCAUUCCGCCCUCGCUCUACCUCACCCGGCCACUCAAUGUCACCCAAGAAACGAAACCGCUCCAUCUCACCGUUGAGCCGAUCUCGAUCUCCAGCAUUUGCCGACGCAACUUUCUCAGCUGUCCAAGCAGCACUCAAUAAACGACAAAUGCAAGUUCAGGAAUUAAAAGCCAAACUAGGUUCAAGUCGGGACCAUAUCGUCUCAUUACGCGUGUCCCUAGAAUCUGCAGAAAGUGAACGGCGUAAAUCAGAACAGACAAUUACAUCAUUGAAAAAUGAUAUUGAAGAUGUGCGUCGAGAUUAUGUCGAUUCCAACCGUGACAGAGAUCGAAUCAAAAAUGUCCUUAAUUUAACGGGUAACGAACGCUCUCAGUUAGAAAAGAUUCGUGAAUCAUUAAACGAACAAAUCGAAGCAUUCCGUGUGGAGAAUGAUAAGCUUCAGGCAGCAAAUGCUGAAAUCCAGCGCCAGCGAGAUAAUCUUGAAGAUGAGAAAGAUGAUAUUGUACAGGAUAAAGAAAGGCAGAUUAAAGAAAACGAAAGAUGCCACAAAGUCAUAGAACAACUUGAGAAUAAGAUUUCUUCACUGAAAGAAGAGAUUGUUUUUAACAAAGAACAGCUAAACAAAAUACUUCUUGAGAAAGAAGUACAAGAACACAAGUCGUAUGAGUUAGCUGACACUCUGGGCAAAUCUGAGCUGAAAAAGUCUGAAACUGAGGUGGAAGUGAACAAACUGAAAGCUGAAAAUGCUGGCUUGCAGGAUAAUCUACUGAAACUUCAGUCUUUGAAUGAAAGUCUCGGCCAAGACAAAAUAGAACUGAACAAGAUUAUUAUACAGCUUGAAAACGAAAAGGUUUCUCUAAGCGGUGAAAAGCAGUCCCUGGAGCAAGAGAAAUAUGGCAUUAAAGAGGAGCUUGUGAGGGUGGAACAGGAGAAAAUGGACUUGGAUACAGAGAAAAUGUCUCUCAACCAGACACUGAAUUUGAGUGAAAUGACACACAGACAGCUUGAAGAAGAAAUUCAUGCCGUCAACUUAGAGAAAGCUGAAGUUAUUGAACAACUGAAUACGCUGUCUCGUCAGAAACAGGCCCUGGCCGAAGAGUUGCUGGCAUUGCGCAAAGAACUGGAACGUCACAAAACAAUAAUUUCGAAGAUCAACAAGGACAAAGAACAGCUGACUCAACAGAACGCUGAACUGGUUGUUCAAGUCACAGCAACGGAGAGGGAAAACCGACAACAAAGUGAAGUCAUUGCUGCUAUUAGAACCGACAAAGAUAGUUUAGAGAACACUUUGUAUGAGGUCCAGCAGGAAAAUACUCAGCUCCGAGCAAGGAAAGAACAACUCGAAGGAGAAAACCAAGAUAUGAUUAUUCGUAAAGAAAAUCUUCAAGCUGAAAUCCAAAGGAUCUUGAAAGACAAGGAAAUAGACACUGAACGUCUCGAAAGACAGAAAGAAUUGCUUAAUUCUCGUCUCCAGCAGCUUGAAAAAGAUCUUCAAGUGGCCUUAAAACAGGAACAGCAAUCUCAUGAAGAAGAUGUCGAGCGACUUAACAGAGAUAAGGAGAGUCAAUGCUUGGACUUCAAAUCUCAACGUGAGCAGAUGUUACACCAACAUAAUUUGGAGAGAGAGGAACUUGGCAACCAGUUUGGUUUGGAGAAAGCACAACUUGAGGAAGCAUUAGCUGCCGUUCAACGAGAACGGGACGAUUCUUUGUUAUUGGCAGAAAAUGAAAAGCAACAGGUGAUCUCAUUAUUGGACCAAGAGAAAACUUCUCUCCUGGACAGAAACAACAUGAUUCAACAAGAAUUAACCAGUUUACAAGUGGAAUAUAACAAACUGAAGCGAGAGGCUUUGUUGAGGCAGGAACAAGACCGUGAUAUCGCAAACAGUUUGCAGUCAGAACUGAAGAACUUCCAAAACCAGUUUGAAGAAUCAACGGUGUUUUUUUGUGACCUUUGUCUGCAGUUCUGGGAUAAUUACAGUCCAAUGUGUAAUAUCCGUGAACAUCAGGUUAAUAACUUGAAUACCACUUAUUGUAUUAGGGUUCAGUCAUUAAAAACAAAUUAUUUUCACGUUCUCUCAAAGUUUCUGAUUUCUUAUGACGUAAACUAUAAAUUAUAUUGCAUGUUGUUUGGGGCUAUACUUUCUGAAAUGGACUCAUUAAAGGUAUUCAUGGCUUUUAUAUUUCAUAUGAAAUUAGGUCACAUGAUGGCCAAAUUAAAUCACAAUUGGAAAUACCUUAGCCUUGUUGAAGAACAAAAGGAAUUGAUGAGAAAAGAUACGAUAGAACUGAAGAGAAAUAUUUACGAUGAAACGAGAGAGAAGGAAGCUUUGGAACGGACGUCAGAUGAACUUCGUAAUGCCAUUAAGAAGUGUGAAGGAGAGAAAAUGGAACUGAAUCGGAACUUGCAAGAAUAUCAGCAAAAGAAUGGAGUGAUUGAAGAACAGAAAAUGGUCAUCCAGAAGGAAGCUGGAGAAUUGCGCAAUAAUCUGCGUGAAGUAGAGAAAGCUCGUUUGGAUGCACGUCGAGAAUUGCAAGAGUUACGUCGCCAAGUGAAGUUGCUUGAUGGUGAACGCAGCAAACUGGGUAAAGAAGUGAAUGAACUUCAGGCCAGAGUUUCCCGUGAUGAGGAGCGAGAAGAGGAAACAAGGAAAGCUUCUUUUGACCUGAAACAGAAGGUUGUAGAAACUGAAGCUAGUCGGGAAGCUCUCCGUAAAGAAUUGGCUAACGUCCAGAGGAAGAUGGCUGAAAUCCAGGAUGAAUAUCGUCUGAAGGAGAAGAAUUUCAUGAUAACACUUGAAGACAGCAGCCACACUGAGAAGAAACUUGAAGACCAAAAGAAGAACCUCGAAGUGAUGCUUGACAACACCAACAGUGAAUUAUCAGAACUUCGUCUCAAGUUGAGUGGUGCCGAGGGUAGAGUAAAUGCUCUUGAAACCCAACUGUCACGUCUUGAAGGGGCCAAGAGAGAUGUGGAAUACAAAAUGAGCAGCAUUGUAUCUUCUCUGCGCCGAACUAUUGGCUUUAAACAAGAUGCAACCAAUCCUAUUAACAUGUUUCGUUCUCGCAGUCCAAGCCCUCGUCGAUCUCGCCCUAUAUCACCAACCAAAGGUUUUGAUAAUACUUUUGCUACUACUACUGCUGAAGGCCGUGGCACACCUAUUCCUCGCACUGGAUCUCCCGAACGCUCUCAAAGUCCUGCUGCCAGACCAUUUUCCAGAAAUAUGUCUCCAAACCGAAUGGAUUCCAAUUCCCUCGUACAAGCUGCCAAUGUUGACCCUGAGCUGGUCCGUCGAGCACUCAGAGAUUUUGUUCAACAACUUACUAAAGCAGAGAAAGAUAGAGAUGAUGCUUUGGCCCAUGUUCGAAGUCUUGAGACACAGAUGGAAGACAGUGAGGAGUCACGUAACCAGAUAGAAUCACGUCUCAGACAACUUCAGAAGUCAUUAAUGGAAGUGGAAGAAGUAUAUAAUUUAGUUAUUGUAGCUUUACUAGAAAAGGUAUCAAAGAUGAAGAUGAAUGAGACACGUGUGGAUGAAGAAAAGAAACAACUUCGUGUCACCCUCGAAGAAACUGAGAACCGAGUGACCAAAGUGGAAUUGGCACGACGAGCUUUGGAAGGAGAAUUACAACGUUUCAAGAUGACUAUGACAGACAAAGAAACAGAAAACCAAGUUCAACUAGAUAGGAUUGAAACCCUCACCAAGCAGGUGCAAGACCUUGAAAGUAAAGUGCAGUCAAGCCAGUUAACAACUGAAAGACUAUCUCUGAAUUUGGCCAAGACUGAAGCUACUGGCAAUCAACAUAAGGACAAGGUCCAAGCAUUGAAUCUGUCACUGUCGGACAGUGCGUCUACAAUCAACAACAUGAAUGAAAGAAUCAACCAGAUGCAACGGGCCCUCACCAGCAGUGAACAUGACCGUCGUGUACUCCAAGAAAGACUGGAUGCUUCCAAGCAAUCAUUGAAUGAAAUAAAGAAACAAAGCCAAAAUCUAAUGGACCGUAUCCAAUCGAUGCAGAAUGAUAACACUGAGAUGGAACUACGUAAUUCUGAGUUAGAAGGACAACUGAGACAAAACCAUCAGAUGCUGAUUAAACGGCAAGAACAGGAACAAGAACUGAACCAACGCUUGCAGAAAAUCCAGUCUGAGAAGAUAUCUUUGCAAGAACAACUUGGCAAUUAUCAGCAGGAAUUCUCUCAUAUUGAAACAGAGAAGAAAGAAUGGGAAAGAUCUCAGAUCCGUCUGGAGAAAGACAAAAAUGCCUUGAGAAAGACACUUGAUAAGGUGGAAAGAGAAAAGCUAAAGACAGAGGAGGUGGCUAGCAAGAGUUUCCUUGAACGCAACCAUCUUGACCGCAGUCUUAUCAAAUUGGAAGAGGAUAACAAUGAUCUGAAACAGCAGAUACAUCAACUGCAGGCGCAGCUGGCAGAAACAGAACAAAAUCACGCACAACGUUUAAUUGAUAUGACCACUCGACACCGGGCUGAAACAGAAAUGGAAACAGAAAGAUUACAAACAGCCAAGUUACAGGCUGAACGUACCUUAGAGGUCAGAGAACAUUCUCAUAGACAACGUGUGAAGGGCUUAGAAGAACAGGUAUCAACUCUUAAGGACCAGCUGAAACAAGAGAUUCAGAAACGACAGAGCUACAUCUCUCGCAGUGUUCGUACUGGAGAUGAGAUCAAGGAUAUCCGCUUCCUCUUAGAUAACUCUUUAUCCAAUGUCACCCGUGACAGCAGUCUAAACCCAAUUUUGCUAGAACAUGAAACUAAAAAACUUGAUCUAAUGCACAAGGGCGUCUCACCUCCUGUCAAACUAUCUCCAGUGCGUAGUCACUCCCCGUUACGCACUGGUGGCGCCGGCCACUUGCAUAGAAAUGUCACCAACUCAUCCUUUCGUCAUAAAGUAAAAAAGUAGACUUUCUUCUGCUUUUCCUUUUUCCCCUUUCUAACAUCAAGUGAUCCGUGGCCUUAUUAGGAAACAUGUCGGUUUUCUAUAAAUUUGUAUUUUUUUUGUUUUUUCAAAUCAUUUAAAAAACUAUUUCUCAUCUCUGUCUCUCUCUCUCUCUCUCUCUCUCUCUGUCUUUCUCACUCUCACACACACUCUCUCUCUCUCUCUCUCUCUUUUUCUUUCUCUCACACACAAAUGCACAUAUACUUUGUUAGGUAACUCUCUUUCAUUCCCAAUUUUAUUUGUAAGAAUAUUGUGCAUGGUUGCAAUGUAUGUUUGUGUAUAUGUGAUUAAAUAUUUCAUGAUGUCAAUAAUGAUAACAAUAAUAUCAAUAAUGAAAUAUGGAAACAAAAAAAUAUCAUUGUUACAAAUGAAUUAUGUUAUUCAUUGCAUGACAAAAAAAAAAAAACAAACGAACAAAACAUAUCACUUGUUAGGUUUAGCUUUUAAAACGAAUGUUUCAUAACCACAAAAUGUCCUGACCACUAACAAAUACAAACGAAAGAAAGAAUUUAUUAUUUAGAGGUGAAUUUUCUAGUUUUUAUUUCGGCCUUUCGUAUCUUCGUGUUACGUCUACAGCUAUUGUAAGAGAGAUGUCUUGUGACGGAGAGCAUAUAAAACAGGUGCAGGUGUGGCUGUGUGAGAAGAAGUUUGCUUACCAACCACAUGGUUCCAGGUUCAGUGUCUUCUACUAUAGCCUCGAGCUGACCAAAGUCUUGUAAAUGGAUUUGGUAGAUGGAAACUGAAAGAAGCCCGUCGUGCGUGUGUGUGUGUGUGUGUGUAUAGAGUAUUAAUAAACUGUUGUCAGAACUCAAUAGUCAAAUGCUUAAGAAUAAAAGUGUUAGGUGAAUACAGAGCAUAAUAUUAAUUAAUGAAUGGCAAGGGAACGAGUUGUGUAAUCACCUUCAUUAGCUUGCAGUUGUUUCUGCUAUAAGAAGCAGCAUGCUCGUAGGCUGAGUGCUUGUGCAACAUCAUAAGCUAAUAAAGUUGAUUGUAUUACAACUGUUCCCCUGUCAUUCAAUAAUUACAUAGACAGAUAGGUAGAUUGGGGUGUGUGUUUGUGUGUGGGUAUAUAUAUAUAUAUAUGUAUAUAUAUACAUACACAUAUACAUGUGUGUGUGUGUGUAUUGUUAUUGAUAAGUCUGGUGAAUGGAACUUUGGACUGGAGAAUUUGAUGGCAUCAAAUUAUCAUCAGGUGUUUUGACCCUGAACCAUGUGUGUGUGUGUGUAUGCACAUAUAUACAUACGCAUAAACAGAUAUAUAUAUAUAUAUAUAUAUAUAUAUAUAAGGAAGCUACCAUCUCCUCCACCUUUUUAGACAUCUUUCCCAUGAAGAAAAAAAGCACUCCUGCCACUGUCACACGUGUGACAGCACCAUCUGACAAAAUAGCAGAUUGAGAAAAAUAUAAUAUAGUGUGUGUUCUUAAUGUGAAGGAUUUCAAAAGAUAUGAGAGUAUCAAAAAUCGUCACAGUACAAUCAAUGGAGGCAUGGCUGUGUGGUUAACAAGUUCACUUUGUAACCUUGUGGUUUUGGGUUCAGUCCUGUAUGACACUUUGAGUAAAUGUUUUCUUCUAUAGACUUUGGCAGACCAAUAUCUUGUGAGUGGAUGAUUCUAUACAAAGAAAACUAUACAAAGCCCAUUGUAUAUAUAUGUAGCUAUAUAUAUAUAUGAGUGUGUGUAUACAUAUAAGAGUGUAAGUAUAUAUGGGUUUGUUUGGAUUUGGGCUUCUCCAAAAAUCCCUGUGCUACGAGCAGUGACGUUGUUAUUUGCCUGGUAACAAAUAGUCCGCUUCCUCUGCGCUUUUGGAAGACGUGGAAUAAGAGACUCUCUUAUUUGCAAAGCAGGUAAGUGUCAAUGACAGAAAGAGCAUCCAGCUCUAAAGCAAAACCCCAGUAAUAUAUUUGGCUCAGCCAUGCCAGCAUGGAAAAGGAAAACGGAUGUUAAAGCAAAUAUGCAUGCAGACAGAUAAAUAUAUAUAUAUAUAUGUAUAUAUGUAUGUAUAUAUAUAUAUACAUAUAUAUACACAUACAAAGCACCAACCAAUCAUGACCAAUGCCAGUACCCACUGACUGGCUCCUGUGGUGGUGGCACGUAAAAAGCACCAAACGUGAUUGUUGCCAGGCCCACCUUACUGGCUCCUGUGCCGGUGGCACAUAAAAAGCACCCACUAAGCUCUUGGAGUGGUUGGCAUUAGGAAGGGCAUCCGGCUGCAGAAACUCCACCAGAUCAGAUUCGGGCCUGGUUCAGCUGCUGGCUCUCCAGACCUCAGCAUGGAAAACGGAUGUUGAUCGAUGAUGAUAGUGCAUUGUGUUCUUGAGCAAAACACUUCAUCUCACAUUGCUCUGUGAUCACCUGGACAACUGACGCGUGGCUGAGCUAAUGUGCAACACAGACUUUUGAUCACUAUAAUCAAAUCAUUUGAGGAGGUCAUCCAGCAAAAGCUGAACGCUCCUACAUCACCCUCAAUGAAAAAGUCUAUUGUAUUUAUAUGCAUAUAUAUAUAUGAUAUAUAUGUAGAGAGUUCUUGAAGAGAUGGACUGAUAGCGUAUAUUGAGAAUAACAAGAAAGUCAGAAUGUUGGGUGAUUAUGUAUAUUUUCAGUUACAUAUUUAGCACUUUCUUUCAAUAUCAGAUUUACCAAUAACGGAAGAAAGUGCUAAAAAUGUAAAUACAAAUAUAAUCAUCCAACAUUCUGACUACCUUAUUAUUCUCAAUAUGUGUAUAUAUAUAUAUAUAUAUAUAUAUACAAACCACAUGUUGUUGUAGGACAACCAUGCUAACCAUUAAAGUUUAGAGGAGUGUGUGCACACACAUGCAUACAUGUGUAUGCGUGGAGCAGGAUGGCUAAGUAGUUAAGAAAUUCGCUUCUCAAGUGUAUGGCUUCAAGUUCAGUCUCACCAUGCAACAUCUUGAGCAAGUAUCUUCUUUUAUAACUCCUGGACAAACAAUGUCUUUUGAGUGGAUUUGGUAGGUGGAAACUAAAAGAAACCUGUCAUAUACUUGUAUGUGUGAGAGAGAGAGAGAGACUGUGACUGUUUGUAAAAGCUGUUGUAGUGGCCGAUGCCAGUGGCACGUAAGAAGCAUCCUUCUAAUGUUGAGACUCAUGGAGGCUGUGCUUGAGAAGACCCGUCAAGCCAAGUGAAAUCAUUAGUUGUGGCCAAUGUCGGUGUCACGUAACCAGCACAUAAAAAGCACCCAGUACACUCUGUAAAGGGGUUGGUGAUAGAAAGGACAUCCAGCUGUAGAAACCAUGCUAGAACAUACAAUUGGAAUCUGGUGCAGCUCCCCAGCUUACCAGUUUCAGUCAAACUGUCCAACCCAUGCCAGCAUGGAAAGCAGACGCUAAAUGAUGAUGAUGAUAUUGAUCAGACAUCACCACAUGCAGCUCUGUUACUAAUAGCAACGUCAUCAUUGUCGUCAUUUCCUGUCAACAAUUUUUCAUCUGCUAUCUCUGUACUUUCGAAUUUCACUGGAAUUUUAAAAAGAGGAAUCCCUUUCCUGGAGAACGGGAAAGGGUCAACUUCGUGAAGUACAUCUAGCCGUAAAGAUUCUGCCUCAAAUCUACUCUUGUCUAAGAUAUGCUAGCAGCAUGGACAGAUGGAUGUGAAGGGGAUCAGUAAGGUGUAUAUAUAUUCACAUAGACACACACACACACACACACACACACACACACACACACAUAUACAUAUAUAUAUUCACUUAGACACACACACACACGCAUAUAUAUCUAUAUAUACAUAGAUAAAUAGAUAUGUAUAUGUGAGUGUGUCUAUGUACACACACACACACACAUUUAUAUAUACAUACACAUAUAUUCAUGCAUGUAUAUAUGUGUGAAUGUGUCUGUGUAUUAAGCUUUUACGCACAGAGACACAUAUUAUUUGUAUAUAUUUACACACACACACAUAUAUGUAUAUGUGUGUGUGCCAAUGUAUUACACACAUAAAUUAUUCAUAUAUUUACAUAUAUAUUUGUGCAUGUACAUGCACACACACAUAUUUGCAUGUGUGUGCGUAAAAACACACAUUUAUAUAUACAUAUAUAUUCGUGCAUGUAUAUAUGUGUGUCUAUGUGUUAUGCUUUUACACACAGAAACACAUAUUGUUUAUAUAUAUUUACCCACAUACGUGCACACACACACGCAUAUAUAUCUAUAUGCACGUGUGUGUGUGGAUGCGUAAUAUCUCUGGUAAUGUAAGUAAAAAAGGUAAGUGGAUCCUUUUUUCAGUUUCGUCAAUGAGUCUUUCAUUGAAUUAUGAUUUAUAUAAGUGGCUGAAUACUCCACAGACUUUAACAUAAUCCUCCGACAGAGAUUUAGCUUGACAGUGUAUGUGUGUGUGUGUGCGACAAGGCUAGCACUUAGCAUUACAGGUACAGUCAAUUCAGUAAGCUUCCACACAGUUUCCAUCCAGUAGGCUUCAGUUGAUCAGAAGCUGACCAAAGACAUUUGCCUAAGGUGCCACUCCAUAGGCUUGAACCAUAGACCUCAUGAACGUCUUUGACACCAUUCUGGUGUGUCUGCAUUUAUUUACAUAGCGCUAUCUCUGUACACACACUCAUAUACACAUGCACGUGCUCACAAGCAUGUGCAUCGGUGUGAUGUUUUAUAUUCUUUUAUUUAUAAGGCAUGAGCUGAGCAGUAUUUCAUCUGCCCUCACGUUCUAAGUUCAAACUCCAUCGAGGUUGACUUUGCCUUUCAUCUUUUCGGGGUCAGUACCAGUCGAGCACUGGGGUCGAUGUAAUCGACCUAAUCCCCUCCCCCUAGCUGCCCUUGUGGCAAAAAUCUGAAAUCAUUAUUCGUUUCUAUGCUAGGCACAAGGCACAAAAUUUUGGGGGAUGGGGCCAGUCGAUUAGAUCGGCCCCACUACACAACUGGUACUUAAUUUAUCGACCCCAAAAAUAUGAAAGGCAAAGUCAACCUCAACGAAUUUGAAAUCAUUAUUAUUAUUAUUAAAGGUGGUAAGCUGGCAGAAUCAUUAGCACACUGGCAAAAUGCUUAGUGAUAUUUCAUCUGCUGCUACGUUCAAAUUCUGCUGAGUUCAAAUUCUGCCAAGGUUGACUUUGCCUUUCAUCCUUUCGGGAUUGAUUAAAUAAAUACCAGUUACGCACUGGGAUCAAUGUAAUCCACUUAACCUCGCCUCAAAAUCGCUGCCCUUGUCCCAAAGUGGGAAACCAUUAUUUGUAGGAGUGCAAAUCAUUGAAUUCCCAUAAAAGUGAUGAGCUGGCUGAAUCAUUACUGCAGCAUUUGUUCUGGUUCUUUACAUCCUGAGUUCAAAUCACACUGUGGUCAGCUUUGAGGAAAUGAGCUCCACUGGCUUGGCAGACUAGAAAAGUAUCAGCAACUUAGCUCUUAACCUUUUACCCGUCCUGUGGAUCAUCGGAUGUGGCGAUACACAGGACAUGUUUCAUAUUGCCCUGGCAUCCAUCAUGUACAACAAUUUGACAAUAUUUUAUAAAUUGCCAGGGUGAUUCUGGGACUUGUGAAAGGAGGCUUUAUAUUUCUCAGAAUGUAUGAAACAAAGAUAAACCAAAAGUCUGAAGAGAAGAAUCAACAUUUAGGACAAAUUUAUGAAAAUGCUUUGAACAGGCAAAGUGUUAAGAUGGAGGAGAGAGAUUUGGUUGCUAUUUCUAGCACAAACUCUCCUCCUUGUCUCAUACAUAGACGCUGUUUUUUUAACCACAUGCCUGUCUUCUGUAUUACCACAUGUGGUGAUACACAGAACAUAUUUCCCUGCACCAUACACGAUACACGUUCCCAAUAUUUUGUGAAUUGCCAGAGUAACUUUGGACUUACGAAAGGAAAGCUUUAUAUUAACCAAAACAUAGGAAACAAGGACUAAAAUCUGAAGGAAAUCUUGGACAUUGAGGACAAAGGGUUUUGGGUUCAGUUCCACAGUGUGGCGCACCUUGGUCAAGUGGUUUCUGCUAUAGCCCUAGGAGAACCAGUACCUUGUGAGUGAAUUUGGUUGAUGGAAACUGUGUGGAAGCCCAUCAUAUGUAUGUGUGUGUCUGUUGUAACUUGACAACAGGUGUUGGUUUAUUUACAUCCAUGUAACUUAACAGUUCAGCAAAAGAAACCAAUAAAAUAAGUACUGAGGUCAAUUUGUUUGGCCUUCAAGGUGGUGCUCCAGCAUGGCUGCAGUUCAAUUACUUAAGCACAUAGGAAGACAAAAGAUAAUCAAUUGAUCCUCUUCCUUGAUCUGUUUCAGCCAUAAGUAUUCCAAAAAUUCCAUUACUGCUCAUAGGCUGAGUACUCCACAGACAUUUUGUGACUUAAUGAUGUAAUCUUAAGGCAGAAUCAGCAUAACAUUGCAUACAGCAGUACUGGUCCUUUACAUUACUGGAAAUGUCCAUCUGAUUGAUUAAGGCUUCUCCACAGUUUCCACUGACCUAAUUUCACUGAUGAGGUUUGGAUCAAAUUGAAGCUAUGGUAGAACAAUAGCCCGAGAUGCCAUACUUUGAAAUUGAACUCUGAAAUUUAUGGCCGUCCUCGUUAUCAUUUUAACAUCCACUUUUCCUGCUUGCAUGGAUCAGAUUGAAUUUGUUGAAGUGGAUUUUCUGCAGCCGGAUGCCCUUCCUGUCACCAACCCUCACCUGUUUCUGAGCCAAGGUAAUAUUUCUCACCCUACCCCCGACAGCCAGAUAUGUUUCUUCACAGAAGACUGGGAAUGAACCACAUUGCUUUUAUGACAAUUAAUGCUCCUUUACAACCAUCUCAUGAUGACAAGACAACAGUACACACAAGCACACACACAUAUAUACAUGUAUGCGUGUAUAUAUAUAUAUAUAUAUAUAUAUAUAUAUAUAUAUAUAUAUAUAUAUAUACACAACAGGCUUCUUUCAGUUUUCUGUCUAUCAAAUCCACUUACUCUCAAGGCUUUGGUCAGUCCAUGCUAAAAGCAGAAAACACUUCCCCAAGAUGCUGUGCUGUGGGACUGAACCCCAAACCACAUGGUAGGAAAGCAAGCUUUUUAACCACACAGUCACACCUGCACUCUCAUAAACGUAUUACAUACACACACACACACACACACACACAUGAGUUAUGAUCCUGACUUAGAUUCUGAUUUGAACCUGCUUCUCUUGUAUUCACUAUCAACAUGUGGUAUUAUUUAGAACAGUUGAUUGGCAGAAUGGUUGGAAUGUCACACAAAAUACCUUAAAAGUGUUUAAUGGCCCUUAAGGUUUAGAGUUCAAGUCAUACCAAUGUCAUCUUUUUUGGGGUUGAUGAAAUAAAUGCCAAUUAAGUAUGGAGUUAAUUUAAUUUGCUUUACUCCUUCCCUAAUAUUUCUGUCCUUGUGUCUAUAAGACAAUUUAUUAUUAAUAAAGUACCUGUCAAGUAUGGGGUGGGGGGUUGAUAUAAUCAAUUAACUCUUUCCUCCUAAAACUGUUGGCCUUGGGUCAAAAUCUGAAACCAUUAUUAUUGUUGUUGUUAUUGCAGCGGUGAGCUGGCAGAAUUGUUACCAUGCUGGACAAAAUGCUUAGCGACAUUUCUUCUGACUCUUACAUCAUGAGUUCAAAUGCCACUGGGGUCAACUUUGCCUUUCAUUCUUUCAGGGUUGAUAAAAUAAAAUACCAGCUGAGCACUGGGGGAGGGGAUCAAUGUAAUCCACUAUGCCCCUACCCCAAAAUUUCAGGCCUUAUGGCAACAGCAGAAAAGAUUAUUAUUAUUAUUAUUAUUAUUAUUAUUAUUAUUAAUCCUGUCAAUUCUUUGUCCCUGCAACCCAUUUAUUUAUAUGAAAUGUUUUAUAAAGGGAUUACAGGAUGUAUUGGAGCUGUGCCGUGGGUAUAUAAAAAACAGGGGAAGGCAGCAAAAGAAAAAAACAAUAGACAAUUCUCUUUGUCUUCCUUCAGGUCUUUUGUAAGUUCAAUCAAAAGUUUAUUGGUCCUUCAGCAAAGAGGCGAUGGGGGAGGGCUCCUCCUUUUUGCAUCUGGUUUGGGAUCAUUCCCUUUUUCUUUUUGCCUUCCAUAACACUUUGUCACUGCUCUCUCUUUUCCAUUUAUUCAUUAUCAUCACAAAACUAUUGAGAGAUACUACUGGGAGGAAGCCCUUCCUUUGGUCUUCUUGCUCGGUGAUUGUUUUUGGCUACACUUAGAGCUAUGGCCUCUACUACUAUGGAAAGUGAAGAGUCUUCAUAUUUGAUGUUAUUGCUGCUUCUGCUCUUGUCUGCAGCUUUCUCUUUUACUCUGCUUUUCCUGCACCUCUGACCAGAAAGCCCUUGCAUGGUUCAUAUAGCAACAGGGCUUUCUCCCUUCGCAGUGGGGUACAGCUCCGGAAUAUAGUCUUUGGGUUGGAGGUAGGUGGUCAUCAGAACUUGCAUAUCAAUACAGAUUCCCCUCCAAUCACAACAUAUUUUGUGUCACUUCUGCAUUCUUUACUUGCUCAGUCUGUGCCACAAAGUUUGGACAAGCUAAGUGCCAACAUCACUACUGAUUUUGUGGCACCAAUUUGUGGCCAGGUGUGUGUGAUGCACCAACUCCACCAGUUGCUUCACCUUAUCUUUAGUCUGAAAUACCAAGAUUACAUUUCCAUAUGCCGUACACUGGUUGAAAGAACACACAUUAUGCCAUAUAUCUUCUGGGGGUUUCUUCUCACUUUUCCUUUGAGAGAGUAUAAAAACCCAUUCCAUUUUUAGAAAACCAAAAGUAUGUUGCUCCACUCCCCUCCUUGUUCACUGCUUAGUAUAUAUUCUGUGGGCAAGGUAGUACUGGCCUUUGUAACAUACAUCUUCCAGUUCUUUUCUUUUCCAGGAGCCAAUUAUUAAGUUCCUCCCUCUGAUUAUUUCUGCAUUUGUUAAUGUUUAGUUUGUUUUUGUUUUAUUUUUUCACCUCUCUGGCCAUAAUUAAUACUUAAUUUGCUGCUUGCACUUUUUCCUGCUCCUCCAGAAGCAGCCACAUUAAACCACAUGUGUUUUAAUAAAAGACAGGCCUUUUCUCUAACCCUACCCCAACCACUGUUAAUGAGGGGAGAUGUUCAAAUGUUCUGACGUCCCUCGUUUAGAAAAUUAAAGGAAGAUAAAGCAACUUUCCCGUCAUUAAUUAAAUGAUGGAGAGACAUGCCUACAUGUUGUCAAUGCACAUUAACAUACAAUGAUGAGGAGGAUGUCUGUUUCUAAUUUAGUUACAAAGCCAGCAGUUUGGAUGGUAGAGAGGGACAAGAUGAUUACCUCAAUCCCUAGCACUUGGCUGGUCCUUUAUUUUAUCCACUCCAGAGGGGUUGAAAGGCAGAAUUCAAACUGCAAAUGUAAAGAACUGGAACAAAUACUACAAGAUAUUUUUGUCUAAUGUAAUAAUAAUAAUAAUAAUAAUAGAAGUCAAAGGCAAUAUCAGUAAGUUGCUGUCUUAUAAUUAGAUGAGAACACGCACCCACACACACACAGAGUAUGUUUUAUGUGUAUAAUUAGAUGCGUGGCUGCUACUCCACAGAUUAUCACCAUCCAUUCUGAUUCCAGUAAAGUGAUGUAGUUAUCACUAUACUUAAUAGUAUUACUGGUUAUGAUAUAUACAUACAUGUGUGUGUGUGUAUAUGUAUAUCCUGGCCACAACAAGUUAGGACUUACUCUCUGAAAGCCUGUAAAUGGUGAUGUUCAGCAAGGUGCUUGGAAGAUAAUAUGCAGAUAUGCAAAGGAAGCACUUAUAUACUGAACCAGGGCAUGUAGACAAUAGGGAAUCAUAUUGAGACCUCAAGUUCACACGUCUGUAUGUAUUAUUAUGCAUGAUAAAGGCAUCCCCCCUAUGGAAACAUUGUAUUGCUGAAAAUAGUGCUGUAAUGUAGAAUUUCAUAAUGCAACACCUAUUUUCCCCAUUAACUUCCACAUAUAUAUAUAUAUAUAUAUAUACACUCUCUGAGUGGUUGGCGUUAGGAAGGGCAUCCAGCUGUAGAAACUCUGCCAAAUUAGAUUGGAGCCUGGUGUAGCCAUCUGGUUUCACCAGUCCUCAGUCAAAUCGUCCAACCUAUGCUAGCAUGGAAAGUGGACGUUAAACGAUGAUGAUGAUGUUGGUGAUGGCUUGUCAGAGAGUGACCAUUGGUUUCACACCUAUAAAAUUCUUUGCAGCACACUACUACUAAGGACUUUAUUGGUGCAAAACCAACGGUCACUUUCUGACCACCUAUAACCAACAACUUUUUAAGUACACACACACACAUUCACAUAUAUACUUAGUACAGUGCCUUAACAUUUUAAUAACCUGUAACACGUUUCCAUUUUCCACCUGAGAUGCAGGUUUGCCUUGGUUGUAUAUGUGUAAAGAAUUUUGCUUCCAACAGGACAUCUUUAUUAAUAAGUUGACAAUCAGACAUUCACAGAUCAAAGUUAAUUACUUCAUUAGUGUUCAUUUUUAACCCUUUAGCAUUCACAUUUCUCCAGCAACAAAUUUUAUGCCUAUUUAUUCACAUUGUCUUUAAUUAACUAUGCAUUAUCUCAUAACUUUGAGGUUCCAACGACAUGAUUGUUUAAUUUUAGAAUGACAUUGUAGGGAAGGUGUGACAGGCCAGAUCUGGCCACUUUGAAAAUAAAACAGAAUAUUUGGGCCAGGUAUGGCCAGUUUUAAUGUCAAAUGGUUAAAAUUUUAGUAGACAUAUCAUUAAUAUAUCUUUUAAUUAGUUAAUUAAUUAACCAAAAUAUCACUGUAAUAGACUACUAUAUCCAUUAUUGUAGUGCCUUACAAUAAAAUUAUGCAUAAGA